GCAAUUGAUUAACAUACGUUACUGCCGUACUGUUAGUUUGCGUUCGGUUCUAGGAGAAAUCGAUUUUCUGCAAAAAUGACUGCGCAAGGAUCACAUGCUAAAAUGAAGGAAUUACGUUUACCUAUGUCAAGGGUAAAAACGAUUAUGAAAAGUUCUCCUUAUGUUGAUACAAUCGGUCAAGAUGGAUUAUAUCUAGUCACAAAAGCUACGGAACUAUUUAUACACUAUCUAACGGAAGAAGCACAUUUGCAAAACAACAAAGGGAAUUCUUUAGACUACAAACAUCUGGCAGAGGUGGUACAGACCAACGAUACAUUGGAAUUUCUCAGGGAAAUAAUGCCAAGGAAGAUCACAGUCAGGCAAUUCAAAGAAAUGAUGGCUGCCAAAAAUUCACAUAGUAGUUCAUCAGAGAGUAGCUCAGACUCAGAUAGUGAUAGUGAGUCAGAUACAGAUUCUUGUUCUGAUAGUGAUAGGAAAGCAGAAGAUGACAACUCAUCAAAUAGUGAACAAGAGAGUGAGGCAAAAGAGAACGGUAAAUGUGAUUCUGCCAGUGACAAAAGUGAAGCCAGUGACAAAAGUGACAGUGAAGAUGAAACCAAAAGAUAGGACAACUAAUAUCCACCUUCAUCUAUAUUUUCAUAAGACAGGCUCUCUGAUUAUUUAAGAAAUACCUCAAACUUAGCUGAAAACAAUAUACCAUUUUGAACUUUAUAAACAUUUGGUUUAUACCAAAUGUUUAGACCAUUUGCUUAUUUAAUGUUUUAGAUUAAAUAUAAAUAAUAAUUUUA